ACCGGAAACGUCUCCCAUUCCUUCUCUCCACCGAUGCUGCCCAAAUAUAGCUCCUCAAGUAUCUUUGAUGCUGCCUGUCCCGCCGACUCACUCCACCAUUUGGUGUCUGACUUCGGUGAAGACCACCACUUCCGGUGAGCGGGGCCGUCUCCAGGAAGUCGCGCGGCGUUGCCCGUGGUAACCAGGCGCGGCGUUGCCCGUGGUAACCAACGCAAACCCUGCACAGUGGGGGCCAGGGGCUGCGAGGGAGAAGUCGGAGCGGAGCGACAUGUCGGAAAAGAUGAGAAAAGCCAGUGGAUCAUUGUUGAAGAAGAGUAAUUUGCCACUUAAUGCCAGUAUUAACACGGCAACAGGCUAAGAAAGCUGCAAGCAUCCCACCACAAAUUGCACAGGAGGCCGAGAAAAUGUUGAAGGAAAUGAAGGAGCUGCAAGCUGAAAUUGAACUCAUCCAGCUAGAAAUUAGAAAGAGAGACACCCGAAUUGCAACAUCAAAGUCUGAGAAGGAACUUUUCUACAGAAAUCUUUGUUCAGCACAAGAGUCUAGGUCAAGAGAGAAGAAAUUAUUGAUGGAAGAAUUAGUUCAAAUUAAGAAACUAAAGGAAAUUGCUAACCAAGAUAUAACUUACAAAGAGUCUGAACUAGUGAAUAUCAAGCAGGAACUGGAAAGGACAACUGCCCAGGCAAAUGAUGAAAUACAUCAAGUCUAUUUGCUAGAAACACAGCUUAAUCAACAUGUUGAGAAGCAUCAAGCUACAGAAGUUCAGCUUGGAGAAAAAAAGCUGGAGUUGUUUAAUGCCCAAGUUGCACUUCGUCAAUGUGAGGAGAAAUUCUACACCAGUACCGUAUCCAUGCAAGACCACAUUGCUAGAGAACUGCGAAAUGAAAUCAACAGCCUGCAGCAAAAGCUGAGGGACCAAGAGGUGUUGGCAGAGGAAGAUACAUUUCUUAGAAAUAAAGAGGCAGAUGACUGUUGCCGCUUAAUAAAAGAAAAUGCUAUUUUGCACUCCCAGGCUCAAGCAGCUAGGGAUGAGAAGAAUUCUCAGCGUUCAAACAGCAUUGCACAAUUAACUUCUCUGAAGGAGAACGAGAGACAGCUUGAAUUGGAAUUAGUCUAUUUAAAAAGAGUUAUCGAGGAAGAGGAGAAAAAGGCUGUCAAUGCCUUGAAACAGCUUCAACAUCUAGAGCAAGGAAAGAGUUCUGUGGAGCUGAACAGGCAAUCACUUCAGAACCAACUAAUUACAUUGGACAAACACCUUUCCAGUAUCAAGCUGGAAAACUCCCAACUCAAGACAGAGAAAAAAAGUCUAGUUGAAUACAUCUCUGAAUUACACAAACAGAACUCAGAAAAAGAUGUUGAAAUUCUUCGGAUGAAAGGAUACAUCCAUACACUAGCUCAGGACCUGGGCAGCCUAAGAUCUCAACUCAAGGCGGAAAGUUCCCUUCGGUCAGAAAGUUGCAAGGAAAUCUCUUGCAUUGCUGACACCAUGAAGCAAGUUGCAAAUACUAUGACCAGAAGGAACAAUAGAAACACUACAAUUCUUAAUUUUUCAAAAUAAUGCAUGAUAUUUUAAGGCUCAAGCUUUGGAAUAUUCUCUGAAAUGGUCAGGAUUUUAAAUUAGAAUGAGACAUCAGUUUUCAACCUUGCAAUUAAACUUAAAUGAAAAAAAUUCCAAACAAGACAAUAUGAUU